AUGCCGUCUAGCAGUUCAUCAUCGAGUGUUGUGGUGGGAAUCGAUGAAGAUCUGAUGCAGCUCAAGGAUAGGCUGAUCGGGAUGCAGACAAAGCUGGAGAUCGUCCCCAUCGUUGGUAUGGGUGGAGUAGGUAAAACAACUCUCGCUCGAAAGCUUUAUGAAGAUUCAAUGAUUGCUUAUCAUUUUGAUUAUUGUGCUUGGACCAUUGUCUCACAAGAUUACAAUAUGCCGCAAAUUCUCAAAAGCCUUCUUCGUUGCAUAACUGGAAACGAAUGUGAUCAACUUACUAACGAGUUAAAAAAUAUGUUGCAUAAGAGCUUGUUCAGUAGAAAAUACUUGAUUGUGUUAGAUGAUAUAUGGAGUACGAGAUUCUGGGAUCAGAUAAGGAUUUACUUCCCGGACAACAACAACAGGAAUCGCAUUGUGAUCACCACCAGGGAAUCUGAUGUGGUGAACUAUGCUAGCUCUUCGUGA